GGCGCCGCCGCCGCUCCAGACCCACAGCGCCGACGGGGCCUCCCACACAAAUCGCACAGAGACGCAAGCCGCCGAACGUCCCGUCCUGGAGCGACCUGCCUUCUCGGAAGUCGAUGCGAUCCGGUCCAACCUUCCUCUCAUUAGCCGUCUGGCCGCCGGGCCUCCCCUAGCCACCGGCGCCCCCCAACCCCGGGCCGCGGCCGGGGCGCUCUGCGCAGGCGCGAGAGGCGCUGGCCCCCGCUUCCGCGGCGGCCCGGCGUCCCUCGGGGGCUGGGGGCGGGGCCUACGUGAUGGCGUCAUGGGGCGGGGCCUCCGGCGCGGGAAGAAUGGAGGUGCAGGAGAGCGGCGGCGGCGCGGGGGAGCGCGGGCCCCAGGACCCUCCGCCCGCCUCCAGCAAGGCCCCGGGCAGCACCGGCCACUACGAACUGCCGUGGGUUGAAAAAUACAGGCCAGUAAAGUUGAAUGAAAUUGUCGGGAAUGAAGACACGGUGAGCAGGCUGGAGGUCUUUGCAAAGGAAGGGAACGUGCCCAAUAUUAUCAUCGCUGGCCCCCCGGGGACCGGCAAAACUACCAGCAUCCUGUGUUUGGCCCGUGCCCUGUUGGGCCCAGCGCUCAAGGAUGCUGUUUUGGAGCUCAAUGCCUCAAAUGACAGGGGCAUCGAUGUUGUGAGGAACAAAAUCAAGAUGUUUGCCCAGCAGAAAGUCACCCUUCCCAAAGGGCGGCACAAGAUCAUCAUCCUGGACGAGGCAGACAGCAUGACUGAUGGAGCCCAGCAAGCCUUGAGGAGAACCAUGGAAAUCUACUCCAAAACGACUCGCUUUGCUCUUGCUUGUAAUGCUUCGGAUAAAAUCAUAGAGCCCAUUCAGUCCCGCUGCGCAGUCCUCCGCUACACGAAAUUGAGUGACGCCCAGGUUCUCGCCCGGCUGCUGACUGUCCUGGAGCAGGAAAAGGUGCCCUACACCGAUGAUGGCCUGGAGGCCGUCAUCUUCACGGCGCAAGGAGACAUGCGGCAGGCACUCAACAACGUGCAGUCGACUUUCUCAGGAUUCGGCUUUAUUAACAGCGAGAACGUGUUCAAGGUCUGCGAUGAGCCCCACCCCCUGCUGGUAAAAGAAAUGAUCCAGCACUGCGUGAACGCCAACAUCGAUGAAGCCUACAAGAUUCUUGCUCACCUGUGGCAUCUGGGCUAUUCGCCAGAAGACAUCAUUGGCAACAUUUUUCGAGUGUGUAAGACCUUCCAAAUGGCAGAGUACUUGAAACUGGAGUUUAUCAAGGAAAUUGGAUACACUCAUAUGAAAAUAGCAGAAGGUGUGAACUCCCUCCUGCAGAUGGCAGGGCUCCUGGCCAGGCUGUGUCAGAAGACAAUGGCCCCGGUGGCCAGUUAGGGCGGAGAACUGGUUGAUCGGAGUGAUGAGAGUCCUGAGAGUCCUCAUCAGGGAGAGAUAGGAGUCCACGUCUUCUGAUUUGGCACCUUCCUUUUACACGAUCGUGGCCAUCACACUGCUUCCAUGAGUGCCUGCAGUCAAUCUCAGACUCACGGGUGUGAUGACAGGGUGGAGAGGCCCUAGAGAACCUCCAGGGCUUGGCACUCAAUCUGGGCAUGUGUGGCAUCUUAACUAAUAAAAGAGCUGGACAGUU